AGUAGCGUCCUCGAGGCAGGCUUUGUACGGGCUCUCUGGCAAGAAAGUUAGUUCCUGCUCUUCCCUAGCCGUUUCCUGUAACCGUACUGUGUUGUGAGACGGAGAAAGCCAUGUGUGUCGAUGCAAAGCUAUUUUCUUUAAGAAAUUGAAAAACUGGACAAGUACAAUUUAGCUUUCAUCUCAGAUCGUCUCUAACAUUGUGCCCAUCUCCCUGUGUGGAGGGGCAAGAUGGCAGACCCUAUAAUGGACCUCUUUGAGGACACACCCUUGUUUAACCUGGAUGCCCUCCCGGAUGACACCUUCAGUCAGGGUUCAUCAGACCCAGUGGAAGAGGCUCUCAAACUGGCCUUAGGUCAAGUUGACGCACCAGUUGAGCCAGAGCCAACACCUGAUCCUUCGGUCGACGCUGGCCUUUGUGUUCCUGUCGCAGCCGCCGCUGUACCUGAGCCGGUCUCCGUUCCAGUUCCUACACAGCAGCCAGUACCAGUGGCAGCUGCUCAAAGUGUUUCUUUAGCUGCAGUUUCCACUCUAGCCCAAGCUCCAUCUACUGUUGAUGCUGUACCUCAAGUUCAAGCCCAUGCCACAGUACCCAUUGCUAGCAACACCAAUGUGGUCACCAGUAGCACUGUCCUGCUUAACUCACCCCAAAGUGUUUCCAGCUCUCCAGCCACCACCGCUGCCGGCCAGCAGCUCGCUCAGAUCGCUCAGCAACUUACUCCCCAGCAGCUAUCUGCCAUCACCCAGCAGGCAGGAGGGAAAAUAGUCAUUCUUAAAGGUCCUCAAGGGCAAGCUCAGGUUCUGCAGACUGUAUCGGGAACCACUGGCCAGACGGGUGGCAAGGUCAUCCGUUUGCUCUCCAGCUCACCGCUCAAACCAGGCAUGCCUAUACUCCAAGGAGGAGCAGUCUUGAAUCAAGCGACCACAGGACAAACUCAAGUAAAGGUCGGUGCAGCAGGUGUGCAGAGGCUGCUGCAGUCCCCCAACGGGCCAGUAAAACAGUUGGUGCUCACCUCCAUGCCCCAGCAAGGACAACAGCAGGUUCAAGUGCAGAUUCCAGCUCAAACACAAAUGUCACAAGUCCAAGCUCAGGUGCAAGUCCAGCCCCAGAGCCAGCCUGGUCAGAUCCAGAUCCAAGCUCAAAACCAGGUGCAACUGCAACCAGCCAUGCAGGCCCAAACCCCAGGGAGUGAAGCAAAGCGAAUCACUCUGGUGCUCCAGCAGCCCUCGCAGGCUACUGCUGCUACGUCAUUGGGUCAAACAGUUAUAGCCCAACCCCAGGUCACCCAGGUCCAAACUGGCCAAGGAGGUCAACAACAGGUCCAAGCUCCAGCUAGACUGGUACUGGGACAGUUGCCUGGGGGUAAACUGGUUAUCCAGGGAAGCCAGCUCGCAGCUUUGACCCAGGCCCGGGCAGCGGGCCAGGCAGGAGGGCAGCCCAAAGUUCUUACCAUCCAGCUGCAAGUACAACAGCAACCCAACCAGCAAGGAGGAGUUAAGUACCAGUUAGUGUCAGGAGCCGGUGGCACUGGCAGCCCGCAGGUAUUGCAGAUUUCUCAAGGCCAAGGGGGACAAAGAGUUGCGGUGCCUCUCAAAAUGCUUCUGCAGCCACAGACGAGUUCAGCAUCUACAGCCAGUGGAGCUGUCUCAGUGGUAAAGGUCGUGAACUCUUCAACAGCAAGCCCCUCCGGUACAACCACCACAGCAACACAGGCUAUUCGCAUCACCAAGGCCCCUGGCGACUCAUCCUCCGUGCGACGGGUAGAGAUCCUGUGCAAGCAAGAGAAGGCAAACCGUAUUGUGGCUGAAGCUAUCGCAAGGGCGAAAGCACGCGGUGAGAAGAACCUACCUCGAGUACUCAAUCAGGAUGAGCUUCCAUCCACACAGAGCUCCCCAGAAAUUGGAGGCACUGUGACUGUGGUCACUUCUGCAAAAAAAAAGACAAGCGGUGGCGGGAGCAAGAAGAAAGGUCCUGUAGUUGCAGGAACACCAUCUAAAAGUGCAGGAGGACUCGACAAAAAAGGCAAAGUCAAACCAGUAGGAAUGACAAUCGUUGAUACUGGAGGUACCACCAUACCUGCGGUUGGCUAUAAGAGCAAAAGCAAAACAAAGACGAACACAAUUACACUCGUGGGAGCGAAAAAAAGGAAACGGAAUCCAUCCUCUGAUCAUUCAGAUGGGGAGUUGAGCCCUGCCUCACCUGCUGCGCUGGAAGAAGACUUGAUCAUGAAGAGGCGGUCUAAUCGUGUGGUAAACAGGAAGAAGUACACGGAAGACCUGGACAUUAAGAUAACGGAUGAUGAGGAUGAGCAGGAGGACGUUGAUGUGACGACAACUACGGCGGCUGUGGCCUCCAUCAGUGCAGCACCCGCAGCUGCACAUGUCCACCAGGGAAUUGACUUACAUGGUGACGGACUACCCGGCAUGCAGUUCUUUGUGGAAAACCCAAGUGAAGAAGAUGCCGCCAUUGUAGAUAAAGUCCUUUCCAUGCGUGUAACCAAGAAAGAAGUAUCCCCAGGCCAGUACACCAAUGUUGAAGAAUUCUUUGUGAAAUACAAGAACUAUUCAUACUUGCAUUGUGAAUGGGCGAGCAUGGCGCAACUGGAGAGAGACAAGCGGAUCCAUCAAAAAAUCAAAAGGUUCAAGACCAAACACGCUCAGAUGAGGCAUUUUUUCCAUGAGGAGGAGGAGCUCUUUAAUCCAGACUAUGUGGAAGUGGACAGGAUUCUGGAUGUAUCGCACAGUAUAGACAAAGACAAUGGCGAGCCUGUGAUUUACUACUUGAUCAAGUGGUGCUCUCUGCCUUAUGAAGAUGCAACCUGGGAGCUGAAUGAGGACGUAGACGAGGGCAAAGUCGAAGAGUUCAAGAAAAUCUUAAACCGACAACCUCGCCUCAGGAGAAUGGCACGGCCACAGGCUGGCUCAUGGAAGAAGUUAGAGGAGACUAGAGAGUACAACAAUGGCAACACUCUUCGAGAGUACCAACUGGAAGGUGUCAACUGGCUGCUUUUUAACUGGUAUAACAGGCAAAACUGUAUCCUGGCAGAUGAAAUGGGUCUAGGAAAGACAAUCCAGUCUAUAACUCUACUCUCUGAGAUAUAUGCCACUGGCAUCCAGGGACCUUUUCUUGUCAUUGCUCCCCUUUCCACCAUCACCAACUGGGAGAGAGAAUUCUCCACGUGGACCAACAUGAAUGCGAUCGUCUACCAUGGCAGCCUUGCAAGCAGGCAGAUGAUCCAACAGUACGAGAUGUACUGCAAAGAUGACAAGGAACAUUUAAUACCAGGCGCGUACAAAUUUGAUGCCCUGAUCACAACCUUUGAAAUGGUGUUGUCCGACUGCCCUGAGCUGAGGGAGAUAUCCUGGCGUUGUGUAAUUAUUGAUGAGGCCCAUCGCCUCAAGAAUCGUAACUGCAAGUUGUUGGACAGCUUGAAAAUGUUGGAACUGGAACACAAGGUACUGUUGACUGGCACUCCUCUGCAGAAUACUGUGGAAGAACUCUUCAGCUUGCUUCAUUUCCUGGAGCCUGCCCAGUUUCCCUCUGAAUUCGAAUUCCUCAGGGAAUUUGGUGAUCUCAAAACAGAGGAACAGGUUCAGAAACUACAAGCUAUACUGAAGCCGAUGAUGUUGCGUAGGCUCAAAGAAGAUGUUGAGAAGAAUUUGGCACCCAAACAGGAGACAAUCAUUGAAGUUGAGUUGACAGAUGUUCAAAAGAAGUACUAUCGGGCUAUCCUGGAGAGAAACUUCAGUUUUCUCAGUUUAGGAGCAAACAGUAACAGCAAUGUCCCUAACCUGCUUAACACUAUGAUGGAGCUGCGGAAGUGCUGCAACCAUCCUUACCUCAUCAAUGGUGCGGAGGAGAAGAUUGUAGCAGAGUUACGGCAGGUGUAUGAUCCAAUGGCCCCUGACUUCCAUUUGCAGGCCCUAAUUCGGUCAGCUGGAAAGCUUGUCUUACUCGAUAAGCUGCUGCCACGUCUAAAGGCUGGUGGUCACAAAGUCCUCAUCUUCUCCCAAAUGGUGCGCUGUUUAGAUAUUCUGGAGGACUACCUCAUCAACAAGAGAUACCUUUAUGAGCGGAUUGAUGGAAGAGUGCGUGGCAAUUUACGACAGGCUGCCAUCGAUCGCUUUAGCAAGCCUGACUCGGACCGUUUUGUCUUUCUGCUGUGUACCCGAGCUGGCGGCUUGGGCAUUAAUCUCACUGCUGCUGACACAUGUGUCAUAUUUGACUCAGACUGGAAUCCUCAAAAUGACCUACAGGCACAAGCUCGAUGUCAUCGUAUUGGUCAGUCAAAGGCAGUUAAGGUCUACCGUCUGAUCACAAGGAAUUCCUACGAGAGAGAGAUGCUGGAUAAAGCAAGUCUGAAGCUGGGCCUCGACCGUGCCGUCCUGCAAAGCAUGAGUGGCAAUAAAGAGAGUAAUGUUAAUGGGAUCCAGCAGUUUUCUAAAAAGGAGAUUGAGGACUUGCUGAGGAAAGGAGCUUAUGCUGCCAUCAUGGACGAGAACGAUGAAGGUAGUCGCUUCUGCGAGGAAGACAUUGACCAGAUCCUUCAGCGAAGAGCCACCACCAUCACUAUAGAGAGCGAGGGCAAGGGCUCCACCUUCUCAAAGGCCAGCUUUGUGGCCUCGGAGAACCGUAAUGAUAUUGCCCUUGACGACCCAGAAUUCUGGGAAAAGUGGGCCAAGAAAGCUGACAUUGACAUGGACACGAUAAACCGAAAGAACACGCUCGUUAUUGACACGCCGAGAGUGCGCAAGCAAACCCGUCAAUAUUCCACUUUGCGAGGAGAAGGUGCAGAAUUAUCCGAUGCUGACAGUGAUGAAGAGUACCCACCUGUGAAUUCAAGACACUCUCGUGCUUCCCGACGUGCUGAUCGCCACAGUGGUGUGGGUUAUGGUCGCACUGACUGUUUCCGUGUGGAAAAACAUCUGCUUGUCUAUGGGUGGGGCCGCUGGAAGGAUAUCCUCUCUCAUGCUAGAUGUAAGCGACGACUAAGUGAGCGUGAUGUGGAGACAAUAUGCCGUGUCAUCCUGGUAUUUUGUCUUCUUCACUAUCGUGGAGAUGAGAACAUUAAGAGUUUUAUUUGGGAACUCAUCACGCCACCAGAAAAUGGACGUGAGCCCCAGACCCUGCUCAACCACUCUGGCCUUUCCAUCCCUGUCCCCAGAGGAAGAAAGGGUAAGAGGGUAAAAGCUCAGAGCACAUUUGAUGUGCAGAAGGUGGAGUGGAUUCGCAAGUACAACCCAGACACUCUGCUUCUUGAUGACAGUUAUCGCAAACACCUCAAACACCAGUGCAACAAGGUGUUGCUGAGGGUGCGUAUGCUCUACUAUUUGAAACAGGAAGUGAUUGGUGAACAUGCUGAGUCUGUCCUGAAAGGGGCUGACAUUAGAGAUGUUGAUAUCUGGAUGCCAGAAAUGGAGCAGCAAGAGGUGCCUGCCGGAUGGUGGGAUGGUGAGGCGGACCGCUCGCUGCUGGCUGGAGUGUUCAAACAUGGUUAUGAGAUGUACACGACCAUGCGUGCUGAUCCACGUCUCUGUUUCCUGGAGAGAGUGGGCCGCCCAGAUGACAAGGCUAUCGAUGCCGAGCAACACACUGCUGAUGGCGAGCUAGGGGACGAAGGGGACUAUGAUAAAUUCUCAGAGGACCCAGAAUUCAAGCCUGCAUCAAGACUUCCCAAAGAUUCUUAUGACGAGCCUGAUGGUAUGAAGAUGGAGGAGGACAUUUCUACCGGAGAAAAGGUGGUUCCAGUGAUCACGGAAAGCGUCGCAAACCAGAACCAAAGUGGAUGCGAUUGGCCCUCCAGUUCAUCACUUACAGCACGAUUACGGCGAUUGGUUACAGCUUACCAGCGCAGCUACAGACAGGAGCAGCUAAAAAUUGAAGCAGAGGCUAAGGGCGACCGCAGACGCAGAAGGUGUGAGCAAGCCACCAAGCUGAAAGAGAUAGCACGGCAAGAGCGACAACAGAGGUGGACACGUAGGGAGGAAUGUGACUUCUAUCGAGUUGUCUCAACUUUCGGUGUGGAAAGAAUGAAAAAGGAGCCGGGCCUUGUUGAUGGCGAAGAACCAGAUUAUGAAUGGACACGAUUCCGUACCUUUGCCCGCCUGGAUAAAAAGACUGAUGAAAGCCUUAGCCGAUACUUCCGCUCUUUUUUAGCCAUGUGCAGGAGAGUGUGCCACCUGCGUCCAGGCCGGGAUGAGGAUGCGUCAGCACUCCCCCAGACUGUGGCCCCCAUCACAGAGGAGCGUGCUUCCCGUACACUUUAUCGCAUCAGCCUCCUCCGUCGCCUCCGUGAGCGAGUCCUACCGCACCCUUCCCUGGAGGAGCGUCUGCCGCUUGCCCCGCACACCUCCGAGCUGCCCACUUGGUGGAGUAUCCCCGAUCACGACCGCCAGCUGAUGCUUGGCACGGCGCUGCACGGUGUCAGCCGCACCGAGCUCUCGGUUUUUCCAGACCCACAAUUCACCUUCAGCGUUGCCCGAGAUGAAUUCAUUCAGAACCAGCAAGCACUGCCCCCUCCCCAGCCGCAACCCGUCAUGCAUCUCAACCAGCCAAAGCCCAUUGCAGAGGUGUCUGGGUUGAAGGAGGAUGGACAGGAAGUGGACAUUAGUUUGCUAGGUAGUGAAAUCGGUGCGCACAUGCAAAGUACACCUUUGGCUCAUCAUGGUGGAAAGGCACGAGGACAGAGCUGGAGUUUCAAAAAGAACAAAAACAAGGGAGUAAGCAAAGGAGGUGAAGAGGGCGGUUCGGAUUCAGAUUCGGAUUCGGAUUCAGGGUCUUCAUCCUCGGAUCGAUCGGGCAGCAGCGAUGAGAGCGGAGAUAGUGAUGAAGACGUGGAUGCAGCAGGUGUUAAGGCAUGUGAUGCAGAUGAAGACAAUAGUUUACUUUCAAUGCCCUUGUCUCAGGAUGGCAUUCCACCCCCAGAUCCUAUCAGAACAGAAUGGCCCAAGGACCGUGUGUUGAUCAACCGUUUGGACAGUUUGUGUACACUGGUGCUUACCGGUCAGUGGCCAUCAGGGCGACGUUACUUGUCUGAGGCUCAUGUCAACCAAAGCACGGAGUCGCAAGGAGAUGAUUUGACCUACGCUCGACUGGGUCGCAAACCCAUCAGCAUUCCUGGAGGAGAAGGAGAGGAUGGAGAAUUCACUGUCAAACUGCUAAAGGAGGAGGGACUAAAGCUGACCUUCUCCAAGCAGGCAUUGAUGCCUAACGGGUCAGGUGGUGAGAGCAGCCGUAAACGCCGCAAAGAACUAGAGUUGUCGGACCCAGAUGGGCUCCUUGAUCCACUUGAUCGUAUUCCCCGCCGCCGGGACCCUCCCACCUGGCUGAAAGAGAAUCCUGAUUAUGAAGUGGAGGGAGACAUGCUAGAGCUUCUUGUGAACAGGAGCAAAAGGAAGAGGAGGAGGAGGGCAGAUAAAGUUCUGACAGGCAAUGAGAAGGUCAAGCUUAUAAACAUGAGAACAGGAAAGAAGGUUGGAGCUGCAUUUUGCCCGAUGCUGCAAGACUUGAGAGAAUAUUUGGAGGAAAAUGCAGAUUUGGUUGUCGCGCCCGAUUGGUCGGAAACGGUUCGGAACUCUGGUUUUUUGCCUGAGGCGCUGUUUCACCGACUGGUGACGGAAUACUCAGAAACCCCCAAGAAAAGUCGCCACCGCCAUCAUCACCACCAUCAUCACCAUCAUCAUCAUCACCAACACACUCCGGAGCCAACGUCAGAAAAUCCCUAUCUUGAAGGAGUCGAAGAGGAGACUCUAGUCUCUGAUGGAGCUUACAUGAUGGAUGAGGACGACCUGGAGACUUCACAACACUUCCUCACCAGUCCAGACUUUGAUGUUAAAAUUGAGGCUGGUGACAGCCUUUCCCAGGGAGACUAUGACAGCUCGGAUCAAGAGGCCCUAUUAGAUGACGUCAUCCUCACACAGAAGGACUCUGACUCGUCAUCUAGCUCAGAGGAUUGACUCACUGCCCAGUUUGUUUGACGUAGGCCCCAUCCGAAAGAGCAUCGUUAACCCUCGUUUAUUUUUACCUUAUGUAUGAAAUUCUAGUUGGAAUUAUGUUGCUGCUUUUAUGCAUUACAAGUUUAUUUUAUAUCUUUUUUUUUUCCUUUGAAAGAGCAGGUUUGCACCCAUGUUUUCUUUUUCACCAGUGACAAAUUUCAAUCUCUCUCCUCAGUCCUCCACUGUAGCUGCUGCAAAUGGCAAAAAAAAAAUCACUCUGUGGCCCAUCACCCCAUUAGUUCGCUCCCAAAUCGAGGAGUUCCCAUCACAUUCCCAGCUGUGACCAAAAGGGGGCCUCCUGCUGUAGAUACCCUUUUCUUAUCACAGAACCUCAAUUAGGGUCCUCAGUAAUGUCAACUGAAUUCAUAUACUGAGUGAAUUGGUGCCUCACACUUUCCCAGCCGCGUGGGGGGUCACAUCACCCGAGUCCACACAAGACUGUAAAAUGACAUACAAGGGGCUCCAAUGUGCGUGUACUAUAAAUGUUUUAACUGUAUGAAAGAGAGGGAGUGUGGCACAUUAGUUACUGAGGCAGUGAAUAAAGGAUGGUUGUAAUGUAUCCAUGUAGAUCAGGUAUGUAAGUUGUGUCAUAUGGUGCAAAGGUGACAAUGAGUUGCUAUUCUUGUUUUAUGAUCUAUCUGUGACAUGAAUUACAGCAAACUACAGCGAAAGCAA